GCGCGCGGGGGUAAGCGGCCGUCACAGACACUCGCAGCCCACGGCGCAGCAGCCCGGCAGGCACACGCACACGCGCACCCCGCAGCCGGCCCCCGCGCGCCCCCCGGCUCGGGGCGGCGGCGGCGGCGGCGGGCCGGCGCGCGCGGGCCGGCGCAGGGCAGGGCCCCGGGGCGCCCUCGGGCGCCGCGCGGGCGGGGAGGGCGCGCGGGGGCCCGCGUGGUCGGCGCCCAUCCUCCGGGCCGGCCUCUCGGUCCGUGGGGCGGCGGGCGGGCGGCGGCUCCUCGGCGCGGACGCUGAGCGCGGCCUGUCUCGCAGGUCUGGAUGCUCGUGGCCGGCGUCCUGCUGGCGCUGUCGCCGGGCCGGGCCGCAGGCGCCCCGAGGGCGAGCAGGCGGCCGGCGCGGCCGCGGGCCUGCGCGGACCGGCCCGAGGAGCUCCUGGAGCAGCUGUACGGGCGGCUGGCGGCCGGCGUGCUGGGCGCCUUCCACCACACGCUGCAGCUGGGGCCGCGCGAGCAGGCGCGCAACGCGAGCUGCCCGGCAGGGGGCAGGCCCGCCGACCGCCGCUUCCGGCCGCCCACCCACCUGCGCAGCGUGUCGCCCUGGGCCUACAGAAUCUCCUACGACCCCGCCAGGUACCCCAGGUACCUGCCCGAAGCCUACUGCCUGUGCCGGGGCUGCCUGACCGGGCUCUCCGGGGAGGAGGACCUGCGCUUCCGCAGCGCGCCGGUGCUCGUGCCCACCGUGGUGCUGCGGCGGACCCCGGGCUGCGCGGGCGGCCGCGCCGUCUACGCCGAGGAGUACCUGCCGGUGCCCGUGGGCUGCACCUGCGUGCCCGCGCCCGACAAGGAGGCGGCCGGCAGCGCCGCCAGCCCGGACGAGCGCGGCGCCGGGGCCUGAGGCCGCGGCCGUCCCGCCGCCCCGGAGGCGCGAGAUCGACGACACACGAGUGAAACGGAACAGCUACCGAGCAGGUUCCUCUCCCACGGCAUUCCCCGGGUUUUUUAGGCCAAAGGUAGCCCGGAGCUGUGGAAAGCCGGUGGAGAGGGAGCCGGUACGUGGCAUCCUGCAGGCGGCACCGCGCCGGGGCCCACGGCCGGCGGGCGACCCGGGGCCCAGCCAGAGCGGUGCCGCCCCUGUUAGCACAGCCGGGAAGAGGGCAGAGCCUCCACGAGAUAGAUGGAUGAUUGAGAGAGGCUUAAAGAAGGUUUUUUAAAGUAGAAUAUAUACCUACUUUUUUAUUCGACUGUUUUCAGUAGGGGCAGAAACUUAUUAUAUUAGCAAUUUUGAGCAAUUAAAAAAUUUUACUUGACAUAUAAACAUUUUAUAAGCAUUCGGUUUUCACUUCCUCUGGUAGGAUUUUUUUAGAAGCACAAUUGGAAACCUCAGACAAACUCUUUAGCUGGCACUGUGGCUGGGUCCCUAAAUUCAGCCUGUUGCUGACUGCUGGCCGUAACAAAACCGACAGGGCUGAACUCGACCUGCCCGCCUCCGGCCGAGACCCUCACAGACCGCUACAGGAACAAGAGAGAAGCACAGGACGCUGGGGUCACCCCGGACGGGCCAAAGAUUCCUCAAAUCUCAAACUUGGUUGUAUUCAUGAGUAUAUAAAUGGCUGCAAAUUUACACAAUCGAAAAAAAUUUCACUUUUGAAAGUCAGUGGGGCCUGACUUUUGUGGAUAAGAGGGGUGAGAUAAGGCAGGAGGUGGAAUGUGAUAUCUUUGCCAAUUCCCAGGAAGAAUCCAAGUCUUAGCUUAGUUCUCAGAGCUUCAGGCACCAGCCAUAUGAGGAGAAAGGGGGCCAACUAACAAUUUCUAGAAAUCAGCAUCCCAGGCCCUUUUUCUACAUACUGCAAUGUGAGCUAAGCCUGUCCCUGAACACAAUUAUUUGUAAAAGCAAGGAGUUCUUUUUAAAUCAUUAAAACAAAGUAUAGGUGAAGGGUGGCUGGGUACAUUUCUCUCUGGACUCGGCUUUGAUGGGCUCGACUUUUAGAGGAAACAGUAUGUUAAGACUUCACUUUAUCUUAAUUUUAUGGUUGAAGUUUAAGAUUUGAUUUGGUUUUAGAAAGAUCAACUAGUCAUGUGAAGUCAGUCCCUUUGCUCUUCUGUGACACCCCAGCCAAGCCGGGAAGUCACCUCUGUCUAUCCUUGACUCCUGGGCUUCAGCUGUCACAGAACUACCGGCCCUCGCCUUGGUUUGAUCUGGACAGAGGGUCCAGAUCAAACUUGUACUUUCAACUUGUACUAAAUAUUGACAGAAGCUGUGCAUGCAAAACACAUCACUGAGCAAAAUCCAGAUUUUCUAAAUAAGAAAUUCAAAAUUGAAAUCAAUAGCUGUGAAUAGUUCUGUACAGUUUGGUAAUUUUAAUUCUCAGUUCAACCUCUGGGGAAAAAAAAAAAGUAUCUAGAAUACAUUCUUGUCCAGAAAACAGAAGGUUCACAGCUACCUUUUGUUGCCUUCAGAUCAACAGCAAGUCCAUAAAUUAAAAAGGAAAGUUGCCUUUCAAACCAGUGAUUUGGGUAAUUGUUUCAAUCAUCGCCACUGUUGUGUAACAUUUUCCAGCCAUGCCUCAGAUAUGCAUAUUGCAAACAUCAGAGGAGAGGUGAGAAGAGUGAACUCUUUGCAUGGGGAAAAUAUCACAAUUAAUUGUAUCAUUAGUUUAACCGAACUUAGUUUGUUAAAAGGUAGCAAAUUCCCAGUAGAAGAAGAAAUUAGCUUUACGAAAUUCUAGGAUCUAGACAGGGAAGUUUUAUUUGUAUUUUUUCUCUGAAGGGAACAUUCAACCAUUUAAAAAAUCCUCAUGGAGCACGAGCCCUGCUCCAGGCACGAGCUCCCUGGAGGCAGCUGUGAGCACCUCCCUCUCCCCCACAGCACUAGUGGCUGUCCCAGCACUGGGCGGCGCUGUGGCGAGGCUGAGCCACGCGUGGUUCUCGGGGCACCUGAGCCGGCGCCCCCCAACGUCCCCCACCGUCCCCAGGAGCGCCCCGAACAGCGCCCGGCGCGGGAGGCACCAGAACAUAUUGGCCCCAAUGAUUUAUAAGCUACAUUUAAAAUAAAGAUCAAGCGAUUCUUUCUUCAUGUUGUGUUUAUUGCUUUAGCAAGUGUAUGUCAUUUAAAAGUGACAAUAUU